UCGGCGGAGGGAUAGCAGAAGCUUCAGGACAGUGAGAGCUCAGCAGCGAGAGAGAAGGGGUAUACGUUGCUGCAGAUAGAGUAGAGGACGUGGAAAUAUUUCGUUAUACGCAUUUGCGACGAAAGCAAAUGUAAACUUUGGGAUAAUACAGCUAGACGUUUGAGCUGCCAUCACUUUACGACUUGGUGUUCAACAGUGGAAUAUAAAAAUGUCGUCUCCAAGUCCGGGUAAAAGGCGAAUGGAUACUGACGUGGUGAAACUCAUCGAGAGCAAGCACGAAGUCACAAUCCUCAGUGGACUCAAUGAAUUUGUAGUGAAGUUUUAUGGACAACAAGGAACAGCGUACGAGGGGGGCGUAUGGAAGGUGCGAGUAGAUCUACCGGACAAAUACCCUUUCAAAUCCCCAUCAAUAGGAUUCAUGAAUAAAAUCUUCCAUCCCAACAUCGAUGAAGCGUCAGGAACAGUGUGUUUAGAUGUCAUCAACCAGACGUGGACAGCCCUUUACGAUCUCACCAAUAUCUUUGAGUCGUUCCUGCCUCAGCUGCUGGCUUACCCCAACCCCAUCGACCCACUGAACGGAGACGCGGCCGCCAUGUACCUCCACCGACCAGAGGAGUACAAACAGAAAAUCAAAGAGUACAUCCAGAAAUAUGCAACAGAGGAGGCUCUCAAGGAGCAGGAGGAGGGCCAGGGCGAUUCCUCAUCGGAAAGCUCCAUGUCGGAUUUCUCUGAAGACGAAGCCCAGGAUAUGGAGUUGUAGUGAUGGGAGACAACUCCCCUUUAAAACCAGAGACUGUAUGAUUUCCUAACCAUGAGAAAGCAGACAUCAUAUUCAUAUAAGUUGAUUUUUUUAUUUUAUUAUUAUUAUUAUUAUUAUUGCUAAAACAAGGAUUUUUGUGGAUAUCAAGCCUCGGCGUAUAUCACACACCACCUGCUUUGUGUUUUUGCCAUGUCCCAGUCGCGUUCUCCUCCUUCAAUCCCUGUAAAGGUGUGUUGGACUUAGCAGUCCCCACAUUCCACCGGUAGUUGGAAUGUCCCCUUUGACCCGGUGACCUUCGGCCUUACCCUCACUGCACCAACAACCGGACAAAAUGGAGACUAGCUCUAUGGGCUGGGCUGAAUAAGAGGUGGGAGGUGGGCACCGGGGGAUUUCCCUUCUCUUUAUCUCAUGAAUGUGUUGAAGAAGAGGAACUAGAGAGUUAGGUCAUGUUCAUGGUCAUGGCAAUUAUGGUCCAUGUCUUCAGCUGAAUUCGUACCUGUCUGGAUUAGAUUUGAAUUGGAUACAUCACCCUGCUGGCGUUGGCUGUCGACUUGUCCUGCUAGACAGCUGAAUUCGUACCUGUCUGGAUUAGAUUUGAAUUGGAUACAUCACCCUGCUGGCGUUGGCUGUCGACUUGUCCUCCUAGACAGAUGAUUGGGUAUUUUAAAGUAAUAUGAAAGAGGGGAAUUGCAGCUUCAAUAUCUAUUUUCUUUCACCAAUGUUGUUUUUCUGGUGUUCAUUUGUCAUUUGUGCUUUUCAUUUGGCUGGGGUUAGGAGCUGCCUAUGGUGUGUGUGUGCAGCACCUAGCUUGUACAGUGAUACUUCACCUUUCUCAUUAGAGCCUUAUGAACCCAGCCAGCGCGUCAGUCAAAGCGCUGACAUCGCUCUGAGCCUGUCCGAGCUGGUGUGGCUGUCGGAAUACCUGUACCCCUUUAGAAAAGUACGUCACUUCCUGGAACGCCAUAGGUAUUAUGUAUCCACUGAAGUUUGUUAGGGGUGAAUACUGCCCAGAAGGAGGGAUUGAACGCUGAUGUGUUGGAAAGUGAGGUAGAAGUGGCCGACCUUACUGGCUACAGCACAGACACCCAACAGAUCCUCCUCUGAUCUGUUUUUGUAAAAGAAAAGAAAAGUUAAAGGAACGUAGAAAAAAAUCACAAGAAGCAUUUUUGUAUAAAAAAAAUAAAAGCACAAGGUUUUAUUUCCUACAAACUCCUCCCUCCUAGAUGAUUUGGACCUUGUUUAUUUUGGUGGCAAAGACAGGAUUUUUUUUGGGUGGGGGGGACAUCAUUCUGUACAGUUUGGGCAUGAUCCAGAAGUGAUGUUGUGUUGGUCUGUAUUGCGCUAGGCUAGUAUAGGGCUCAACUAAAGUAGUACUGCUUGUGUGGCUACUGUCUGAAGUAUUGAGUUGCGUUGUGUACAAGGCUUAGUGAUUUACCUGGGUUACCCUUCACUCUUAGAUGGGGGGAAAAUGCAGGGGGGGAUAUCUGCAGGUCUUUUUUUGGCUAACAUUGUUGAAAUGACCAACUUUGCCUUUUGCUCGCGCUAAACUAUGAUAUGUGUUUUUGACUUGAUGUAGCGAUAGUUAGUUUACUGGGCGGUGUCUUCAACUAAAGACAUGUAUGGGUCUGAUAACUAAAACAACAAUAGCUGAUUUUAAGUUUGAAGGUAAUGUCCAUUGUAGGGUUUACAUCAGAUAUAACAUGGAUCUAUACCUGCUGGUCCCCUUCAGAGAUGUACAGAUCAACGUGAGAGUGAUUCCAGACAAUGGCAAUGAAUUGACUGGUGGAGAAACUAGACUGAAUGUAUGAUAGUCUGUGCAAAACAAAAGCAUUGGGCCCGAUGAAAGUAUCAGACAAUGUGCAGUGUGAUCAAGGCCACAUUGGGAUAGAGCUUGGAUGGGAGACCAUGUUUUUCCUUGUUUUUAAUUUCAGUGUUCCCUAAAAGCUUGACUGUUCAAGGCUCCUGGAUAAAGAUGGUCAACUAUGGAUUGGGUUCCAAUCCAUUGCCUGGUGUAAGACAGGAAAGUGGGUUUGGGGUUCCCAUGUUUCCUCACAGGCCAAAUGGAGCCUGCAAAAACAGAAUGAUGUCACAAGGAUACGCAGCAGAGUACUUUGCAAUUUGGCUUCUGCCGUUUCCUGAGCUGCCUAUAUUUAUUCACUCUAUAUUGAAACCUUCGCUUUCCUUUCUCGUUUUUAAUCUAAUCAUUUACAGGCACCGCUGUUAAAACAAAGGUGUAUGUACUUAGGCUUCAGCCAAAUUGUGUCAUGCUGAAGAGAAUUAGAACUUGAACUUUCUUUCUGUUUUAAGUAUUCAGUUUGGAUUUAAUGAUUCUGUUUUUUCCACAUUUAUGCAGUAUUGUACUAAAGUGAAAAAGACAGAGAAAUAAAUCCCAUCAGAAUAAGUGGAGAAAGGCAAUGGAGGCCAUUUUGUGUUUGGACACUUGCAUAGGGGAGAAAAUGUGAUAUUUUGGUAUUUUUAAAGAGUGUUGUCCUUGUUAUAACUAUGUUGUUUUAUUUUCAAGCAGAAGUGUCAAUGUUCCCACAAACAGGGUGAUCCAAAGACGACAUGUACUCAGCUGUGGUCUGUUGCUAUGGGAAACAGUUUUGUUUUCUUUCACUCUUUUUUUUUUAUUCCCCCCCCAAACUAAUUCAGUGAUGAGGACUAUUUAUAACCUUUGUUUUUCUGCUUGUUUUUAAUUCCCAAGUCGAGGACUCAAUGACACUUACAAUCCAAAAAUCUCCAAUAAACAUGAGUGUGCUUCCGUUGCAA